AUGAAGUGGUCUCCAAAAAUACACCCCAAGGACCACACCACGGCAGCUUUACAAGAGCUCGAGAUGCCGCAGUGGGCGAGCAACGAAGGUGGUGGGUCAGAAGCGGCAUCCCCUAACCAAAUGAUACUCUGCUACGAUGACCAGGCCUCGGAGUACUUCGAUGACAAAGCCGAAGAUGCUGAUAAAAUAGAACAGACUGGUGAUUUCUACGAUAGUGGAAGCGGUAGUGACGAGCAAGUUCGCCGCGUCUGUCGGCCGCGAAGGACGGCGGCCAGUUCCUCCUCCUCUGGAAACAGUUCCAGUGGCCCAGGCCGACGUAGGCGUUGCGGCGUAUCUGCGAGGGAGCGCAACUUACGGAGAUUAGAGAGCAACGAACGGGAACGCAUGCGCAUGCACUCGUUAAAUCGCGCGUUCGAAGAUCUUCGCCGUGUAAUUCCACACGUGAAAAAGGAUAAUAGAAGCCUAUCGAAGAUAGAAACUUUAACUCUUGCCAAAAACUAUGUCAAAGCUCUCACAAAUGCUAUUUGCACUAUGAGAGGAGAAGUUCCUCGAUACCAAUUUAAUAGCGAAGAUGAAAAUGUGGAGCCUGUAUUUGUUAUAUCCCGAGACCAAGAACAAAAUAACAACAUGCCAAGCGACGGCGACACGGAAGAAUCAGUCCCCAGUGUCUGCCUUUGA